AUGUCUACAUGGAACUGCCACGGGGUUUCCAGAGACAAGGGGAGUAUAAGGUCUGCAAACUACUUAAAUCUAUAUGGUCUUAAGCAGACUUCAAGACAAUGGAAUAUCAAAUUGAUUGAGGCUUUAGUGGAGGCAGGAUAUCAUCAGAGUGCUUCUGAUCAUUCACUCUUCACUAAAAAUACAACAUCAGACAUUGUUGUUAUCUUAGUAUAUGUGGAUGACUUGCUUAUCACUAGGAGCAGUGCAGAACUGAUAGAUGAAGCUAAGCAGACAUUACACAAUUCCUUUAUAGUUAAGGAUCUAGGGGAGCUAAGAUACUUCCUUGGUAUUGAGGUUUUAAGAUCAAAAAGGGAGAUUCUACUCAUACAAAGAAAGUAUGCACUUCAGUUGAUAUCAGAAAUUGGGCUUGCAGGAGCUAAAUCCAUCUCCACCCCAAUAGAGCUCAACCAGAAAUUGACCACUAUUGAAUAUGACAAGCAUGUAGGGGUAAAUGGAGAUGAAGAACUUGGGGACAUGGGAAGCUAUCAGAAACUUAUUGGUAAGUUACUUUACUUGACCAUCACCAGACCAGACCUGAGUUUUAUAGUACAGGUACUCAGUCAGUUCAUGCAACAUCCCAAACAAUCUCAUUGGGAUGCAACAUUGCGAGUGGUGAGAUAUAUAAAGGCAGCACCAGGCCUUGGUAUUCUGCUAGGGGCAGGGCCUAUAGAUACAUUGUCUGCUUAUUGUGAUUCAGACUGGGCCUCCUGUCCUAUUAACAGGAGAUCUGUCACAGGGUAUGUCAUCAAACUAGGAGAUUCUUUACUCUCAUGGAAAUCAAAGAAGCAACAAACUGCUAGUCGAAGCUCAGUAGAAGCAUAG